GUGUGUCCUCAACUCACCAUGUUAAUUUUCAAUAACACCACAUCAUCUUCCUCAAACUUCCUCCUCACUGCCUUCCCUGGGCUGGAACUUGCUCAUGUCUGGAUUUCCAUUCCUGUCUGCUGUCUCUACACCAUUGCCCUCUUGGGAAACAGCAUGAUCUUGUUUGUCAUCAUCACUGAGCGGAGACUGCACAAGCCCAUGUACUAUUUCUUGUCCAUGCUCUCAGCUGUUGAUCUGUGUCUGACCAUCACAACCCUUCCCACGGUGCUUGGGGUUCUCUGGUUUCAUGCCAGAGAGAUCAGCUUUAAAGCUUGCCUCAUUCAAAUGUUCUUUUUGCAUGUCUUCUCCUUCCUGGAGUCCUCAGUGCUGGUAGCCAUGGCCUUUGACCGUUUCAUGGCUAUCUGUAACCCACUGGAAUAUGCGACUGUGCUCACAGACAUGAUGACUCUGGUCAUUGGACUGGUCAUCUGCAUACGAGAAGUGAUUUUCAUGUUCCCCUGUGUGCUAGCCGUGAAGAACAUGUCCUUCCACGAAGGGCAAGAACUUUCCCACCCAUUUUGCUACCACCCAGAUAUGAUCAAAUAUACACUUUCCAACAACUGGAUCAGCAGUUUCUGGGGCAUGUUUAUUUUGCUCUACCUGAAUGGCACAGAUCUAUUGUUCAUUCUUUUCUCCUAUGUCCUGAUCCUACGCACUGUUCUGAGUAUUGUGGCCCCCAAGAAACAGCAAAAAGCGCUGAGCACCUGUGUCUGUCAUAUCUGUGCUGUUACUGUUUUCUAUGUGCCGAUGAUCAGCCUGUCUCUGGCGCAUCGCUUCUUCAGCUCCACGCCAAGAGUGCUCUGCAGUGUUUUGGCCAAUAUUUAUCUGCUCCUACCACCUGUACUGAACCCUAUCAUUUAUAGUUUGAAGACAAAGAUGAUCCGCCAGGCGAUGUUACAGCUGCUCCAGUCCAAGGGUUCGUGGGGCCUAAAUGUGAGGGGUCUUCGAAGAAGCAUGGACUAA